CGCAGUCCAGGACAAGGGGGAGGUGAUUACUGUACGGCAGGAUUCAGCGCGCGGACGGGCGGAGCGGGAAAAGCGUAUAUUUACGGACAGCUGACUGAAGUAGACUGUAAGCUAGUCAAAACAUGUCGAACACCAGGAAACUGUUCGAGAACCUCUCGGGGGCCGGGAAGUCCAUCGCUGUGCUGACCAGCGGAGGAGAUGCGCAAGGCAUGAACGGCGCAGUAAGAGCUGUAGUCCGGAUGGGAAUCUAUGUGGGAGCCAAAGUCUACUUCAUCCAUGAGGGAUACCAGGGAAUGGUGGACGGAGGAGACAACAUCAAAGAGGCAAACUGGGAGAGUGUGUCCAGCAUGCUUCAAGUGGGUGGUACGGUGAUUGGCAGUGCCCGCUGCUCAGACUUCCGUGCGCGCGAGGGCCGAGUGCGGGCGGCGUUCCACCUGGUGUCGCGCGGCAUCACCAACCUGUGCGUGAUCGGCGGAGACGGCAGCCUGACGGGAGCCAACCUCUUCAGGGAGGAGUGGAGCAGCCUGCUGCAGGAGCUCGUCCAAUCAGGUCGUAUUGACCAGCACUCUGCGGACUCUAACUCAGUGCUGCACAUCGUGGGGAUGGUCGGCUCCAUCGAUAACGACUUCUGCGGUACGGACAUGACCAUUGGCACAGACUCCGCCCUGCACCGCAUCAUGGAGGUAGUGGACGCCAUCAUGACCACCGCCCAGAGUCACCAGAGAACCUUUGUGCUGGAAGUGAUGGGAAGACACUGUGGGUAUCUGGCGCUGGUCAGUGCUCUAGCAUGUGGGGCUGAUUGGGUCUUCAUUCCUGAGAUGCCCCCUAAAGACGGCUGGGAGGAACAGAUGUGUCAGAGACUAUCAGAGAACCGCUUGCGAGGGUCCCGCCUGAAUAUAGUGAUAGUGGCGGAGGGGGCGAUAGACCGUCGUGGAGAACACGUCUCCUCCCAGCGUGUUAAGGACAAUCGUGCUGAUAAGAAAAGGCUAAAUAUCAUCAUAGUAGCUGAAGGUGCGAUUGACUCCUCCAACAAGCCCAUCUCUGCUGAGUAUGUCAAAGACCUGGUGGUUAACCGUCUGGGUUAUGACACACGGGUCACCAUAUUGGGUCACGUCCAGAGAGGAGGAACCCCCUCAGCCUUCGACAGGAUACUGGCUAGCCGUAUGGGGGUGGAGGCGGUACUGGCACUGUUAGAGGCGUCUCCUGGGACGCCGGCGUGCGUCGUGUCUUUGUGUGGAAAUCAGGCCGUCAGGCUGCCCCUCAUGGAGUGCGUUCAGAUGACACAGGAUGUGCAGAAGGCCAUGGAUGAGAAGAGAUUUGAUGAUGCUGUACGACUGAGGGGCAGGAGCUUUGAGAAUAACUUAAACACCUACAAACUGCUGUCUCACCGCAAGACUGACACUGAGGUCCCGCAUGCCGAGGAGAAUGGUGGACAGAUUGAGGAGGAGAGUCAGGAGGAAGGCCGUCAUGAUGGUCCGUUCACAGUGGCGGUACUGAAUGUGGGUGCCCCAGCAGCGGGCAUGAACGCAGCAGUGCGCUCGGCUGUUAGAGUGGGCAUCACAGAGGGGCACCGCAUGAUGGCCGUCCAGGACGGCUUUGAAGGCUUCGCCAAGGGACAGAUCAAGGAGAUUAAGUGGGGUGAUGUUGGAGGCUGGACCGGCCAAGGAGGAUCACUGCUGGGGACAAAGAGGACCCUGCCUGCAAAGCACAUUGAUAAGAUAGCCGAACAGAUGAGGAUUCACCGCAUCAACGCCCUGCUGGUGAUUGGUGGAUUUGAGGCCUAUCUGGGACUGCAGGAGCUGCUAGCAGCACGGGAUUCAUAUGAUCCGUUUUGCGUUCCCAUGGUGAUGGUGCCGUCUACUGUCUCCAACAACAUCCCCGGCUCCGAUCUCUGCAUCGGUGCUGACACAGCCCUCAAUGCCAUUACAGGCACGUGCGACCGCAUCAAGCAGUCUGCGAGCGGGACCAAGCGGCGCGUGUUCAUCAUCGAGACGAUGGGCGGUUACUGUGGUUACCUGGCCAGCGUUGGGGGGCUCGCCGCCGGGGCCGACGCAGCGUACAUCUACGAGGAGCCCUUCGACAUCCGCGACCUGCAGAUCAACGUGGAGCAUCUGAGGGAGAAGAUGAAGACCAGCAUCCAGAGAGGACUAGUCCUCAGAAAUGAGAGCUGCAAUGAGAACUACACCACCGAUUUCAUCUACCAGCUUUACUCAGAGGAGGGAAAAGGAGUGUUUGACUGCAGGAAGAAUGUCUUGGGACACAUGCAACAGGGUGGUGCUCCCUCUCCAUUUGACCGGAACUUUGGGACCAAGAUCGCUGCCAAAGCCAUGCAGUGGAUCUCCCGCCGCCUCAAAGACUUCUACCAGGAGGGCCGGGUGUUUGCCAACACUGAAGACUCCGCCUGCUUGCUGGGUAUGAGGCGCAGGGCUCUAGUGUUCCAACCAGUGACCCAGCUCAAGGAAGAGACCGACUUUGUCCACCGUAUUCCCAAGGAGCAGUGGUGGUUGAAGCUCCGCCCCCUGAUGAAAAUCCUGGCCAAAUACAGGACGAGUUACGACAUCUCCGACUCUGGGCAGCUUGAGCAUGUGACCCGUCCACGCGCACGAGACAUCGAGAUCGCCAUCACCAUCUGAGCAUGGGGUGUGGGGGGGGGGGGUGAAAAGAGAGAGGGAGGGAUGAGAGGAGGAAAAGAGGGAUGAGAAGAGAGGGAUGAGAGGGCUGGGUGGUGAUGAAGAGGGCGGGAUAAUGGGAGAGUAAAUUAGAAAGGUCGUAUCUACUGUUGCUGUCGACUGUUACCAGCAUCUUCCUGCUCCUUCACUUAUACUGGGCUACCCACAAUGCAGUGCUAUCCAUACAAUCCAGUAAGGCUCUUUGUGGCUUCUUCAACUGUCGUCUUGCCAUUCAGACUCCAACUUCAGACAGGGUUCCCACGGGUCAUGGAACUUCUGGAAAGCUAUUACAGACAUGGAAAGUCAGGGAAUUUGAUUAUUUUGGGGGUAAAGUUAUGGAAUAUUAAGGAAUUUUGUUGAAGCAGUUUAACAUUUACUUGCCAAAAUACAUUAAUACACAAUUUCCACACAGAACUGGUGUAUAUCUGGUUAUUAGCUUCACUGCCUCCUUGAGUAGGCCAACAUUGUUUUGUUUAUUCAAUGCCCAAUUCAUUAUCUCCCUCUCUAACAAAGUAAAAGAUUCUUGAACGCUACGCGGCUGCUCUGAAGUCCUUGGUCAGCAUAUUGUACCAUUCAUUAUAUAGUAAGUCUUGGAUAUUCAGGGGUUUUUUUGGCAGGGAAAAGUCAUGGAAUUUUGCAUUUGACUCAGAGUGGGAACCCUGCUCAGAGCUCCGAGCCACUCAGACACUCUUCCCUGUGUGUGCUUUAGCAGGAGCAGGAAGCAGAGCAGACCGCAGAGGAGUCGUGUAGAGUUGUCUGUCGUUGUGUAUUGGUGCUAUUGUGCAGAGUUCCGUUGUGUCCUGGCAUCGAUCGCUUCCACCUGUAGGAGAAACAUCCUGACCAGCUCAGCUGUGUGUGUGUGUGUGUAUCAGUGUGUGUUUGAGAAGUGUACUAUGUAUACAUUUGGAAACCUACUUUUAAAGAUCACAAUAAAUUAAUCUAUUACACCA